CUGCACGAAAAGGGCUCCGCUGCAACCGGAAGCUCUUUACAAGGAAGUUGUGUUUUCUUUGUGUAUCCCGUUUUGUGGUUGUUUAAUUUAACAAAACGCAGUUUAGUUGUGGGAUCGGGUGCCUUUUGUCCACGGAGACUUCAUCGACGUGGAUUAUGCAUUGCUCGAUCUCUGGUAAGGAGGUCAAAAUUUGUACCUGGAAUGGACGAGCAGAAAUCGAACUGCGACGAGAAUGACUCUGAGCCAACAGCUGAUGAUAGCACCUCUGCACACCAGCCCACCUCUCUCCAGGAGUCGUCCAAAGUUUCCCCCGCUGCUGCAGAUGAGUCUGGAAUAAACGCAGCCUCUUCCAGCACACCUGUAGAAAACGUUCGUGCCUGUGCCCUUUGUAAUUGCGUGGAACGGAGCUUGCUUGGACAGCGGGAACUGCGACACUUCAGGUCGUCGUCGGGGCGGCCAACUCAUAAGCCAUCAGCUUUCCCACUGCCACAGCCUGGAAAUGAUGAUCUGUCUUCCAUUGGCUUUUCUGACGCUUCUUGUCUGACAGCACUCUUUGAUGACUCAGGGGGGUUUUGGGUUCACCACUGGUGUGCGGUGUGGUCAGACGGGGUGAAGCAGACGGAAGACGAGGAGCUGGAGAACGUGGAUAAAGCUGUUAUCUCAGGGACUCAAAGGCUUUGUGAAUAUUGCAAAAGACUGGGUGCAACCAUACAAUGCCACGUAGAGGGCUGCACACGUUUCUACCACUUCCCGUGCUCGGCGGCCAGUGGAUCCUUCCAGUCCAUGAAGCAGGUGGUCCUCCUCUGUCCAGAGCAUAUAGACAAGGCUGAGGAGUUGGCUGGCGAGGAGGCUUGGUGUGCUGUGUGCGAUUCAGCCGGGGAGCUGACAGAGCUCCUUUUCUGCACGGGUUGUGGUCUACAUUAUCAUGCAUCCUGCCUGGAAAUCGGUGCCACGCCCAUCCAGCGGGCAGGAUGGCAGUGCCCAGAGUGUAAAGUGUGCCAGACGUGCAGACAACCAGGAGAAGACUCUAAAAUGUUGGUGUGCGAUGCUUGUGAUAAGGGAUACCAUACCUUCUGUCUCCAACCAGCCAUGGAUUCUCUUCCCUCUGAUCCUUGGAAAUGCAGAAGAUGCCGCGUGUGUAUGGAGUGUGGUGUCCGUGGGUUGAUGCUGCCGGGUUCGGCCCAGUGGUUCGAAAACUACAACAUGUGCGAAGGGUGCCAGCAGCACCGCAGCUCGGUGUGUUGUGUUUGCAGCAAAGCUGCCAACCCGUCCGUUGGGCUUCAGUGUUGCGGCAUAUGCCACAGGUGGAUGCACAGUGAGUGCGCUUCACUAGGGGAGCUUUCAGAAGCCAAGGACGUCUGCCUUCUUUGUAACGAGGAUCAGCAGCAACCUGUUGGCCAAACAUGCGUGGAAGACACGCAGUCAAGAGAAGAGACGACGAUCCAAGCAGAAGCUGACGCGGUCACAGAAAAGCCGGCAGAGGGAUCGGACGGGACUCCUGGACAGAAAGGCGCUCCUGAGAUGGAUACGGUGAAAGGUGGACCUCAGAAAGACAUCCCCACGGAUUUAGUGGCGGAGACGGCAGACGUUAAGGGGAAGGAAAUUAAGACCGAGCCGCAGGUAGCAGCUGAAGGAUCCGCUGGUGACGAGUUAUCAGCUCCAACCGUGUCUACAGCAUCUGCCACGACGCAGCAAGGAGCCGCUGGUCUUCCUGCAGGUGAAAAGGGAUCAGAAGAGCCUCUGGGUAACACGGAGCCCGCAGCGGCAUCGCACCGGGCCCCCGAAAGCAUGGAGCUGGGGAGCGAAGACGUGAAGCAGGAGCCCGGCCUCUCUGACAAAGAGCCUUCGGAGGAGCCGUGUGUCGUGGAGCCAUUCAGUGAGGAUGCUGACAAACCAUCGUCCUUCUCCGUGUGCGGGGGCAGCAACGCCGAGCCGUCGCCCGUGGACGAGAAACCGGAGAGAGGUCGAUACCAGGACCCCGCGUCUCCCUCCACCCUCUCUCUGUCAACAGACACGCAGGAGACGCUGUCGGCCAUGGACGCGGAGACGAGGCUGCUCCCUCAGUCCGAGGAGGAAGACGAAGACGAGGACGACGAGCAGCUGAAGGGACAUGGCUUGGACAUAAAGCGGCAGCUGCAAACGGUGAAGCCCGAGCUGCUGCUGGAUGAGAUGUCCAGCAGCAGCGGCUUCCUGGGCUCCCCCGGGGAGCCGGACCCUCAGCUGUCCAUGGAGCUCGGACUCGUUCCCGCUGGCCGCUCCCACGGCGAUAACCUGACGGAGACCGACGACUCGCUUUCUUUCGAGGCUCUCAGGAGCGACAGAGACAAGGUGAAACGUAGAGGGUCCCCAGGCCGGUCACGGGUCAAACAGGGGCGAAGCAGCAGCUUUCCUGGAAAGCGUCGGCCUCGAGGCGGUGGCGGAGGAAGAGGGCGUGGUGGGAGGUCACGCCUCAAAGCCAUGGCUUCCUGCAUCGAUGCCUUUUUGCUAAGCAUGACCUCAGACACCGGCCUGAACAAGGAGGAAGAGGAGGAGGAGGACGACACCAUGCAGAACACGGUGGUUCUCUUCUCCAACACCGACAAGUUCGUCCUGCUCCAGGACAUGUGCGUCGUGUGCGGCAGUUUUGGGAAGGGCGUGGAGGGCCAGCUGCUCGCCUGCGCCCAGUGCGCCCAGUGCUACCACCCGUUCUGCGUCAACAGCAAAAUCACCAAGACGAAGCUGCGCAAGGGCUGGCGGUGUUUGGAGUGCAUCGUGUGCGAGGUGUGCGGGAAGGCCUCGGACCCGUCGCGCCUGCUGCUCUGCGACGACUGCGACGUCAGCUAUCACACCUACUGCUUGGACCCUCCGCUGCACACUGUACCAAAGGGAGGCUGGAAGUGCAAAUGGUGUGUGUGCUGCGUCCAGUGUGGCUCCAGCUCGCCGGGCUUCCACUGCGAGUGGCAGAACAACUACACGCACUGCGGGCCCUGCGCCAGCCUCGUCACCUGUCCCGUGUGCAGGGAGAACUUCAUGGAGGAGGAGCUGCUGCUGCAGUGUCAAUACUGCGACCGAUGGGUCCAUGCCGUUUGCGAGAGCCUGUACACGGAGGACGAGGUGGAGCAAGCUUCUGACGAGGGCUUCGCGUGCACGUCCUGCACGCCAUAUGUUCCCAAACCUGUGGUAGAGUCGACCAUCAUGGCGACGAUAAAGAUCAAAGAGCCAGAACCCCAGUUCUACCGUCUGGAGGGGGUGUGGUUGACGGAGUCGGGUAUGUCCCUGCUCCGCAGCAUCUCCAUGUCUCCUUUGCACAAGAGACGGCAGCGGCGCUCUCGUCUCGGCACGCUGUGCUGCGACGGCGGCCCCGACGGCAUGGACAUGAGGGAGGUCGAAGGAGACGGUUGUGGGGAACCGAUGGAUUGUGAAUCCAAAAUGGAGCCGCCGGGGAGUCCUGACAGAGAGGGUGGCGAGAGGGACGCGAGCGCUGAAGGCCUGGGCGACUGUGAGGGUCUUAAAGGCGGAGCGGACGAGACGGAGGACAGUAAAAAGAGGAAGAGAAAGCCCUACAGACCCGGGAUUGGGGGCUUCAUGGUGCGACAAAGGAAGUGUCACACCCGUUUAAAGAAAGAGUUCUUCGCCCAGCUGGCUGGAGAGACCACCUUAGACGGACAGCCGAUCGAGCGAACUAUCGAAGAAGGACCUCACCCGGACACAGACAACAUAAUGGAUCCUAAACCGGCAGAAGGUGAAGAACAGGCCAAGAAACGGCGGGGCAGGAAAAAGAGCAAACUGGAGGACAUGUUUCCAGCCUAUCUCCAGGAGGCCUUCUUUGGGAAGACACUAAUAGAUUUGAGUAAGAAAGCUGUGAUGGUAGCUCCAGGCCAGAGGCCGGGUACGUGCCCUGUCCAGCCUCUGUCGCUAAAACCAGCAGGAGUCAAAAUGGCCACGCCAGACGCUGAAGCUGUGGAUCCAGUGGUGGAUGGAAAUUUUCCUCUCAAGCGAGAGGUGUGUGAAGCACCCCAGGCUCAGGGAGACAGCACAGGAAUUCCCGCUCCCGUCUCAUCCGUGAAGGAGCAGUCGCCCCGUGACGCUGAGGCAGAAAAAAGUGAAGGUCUUCCACAGGGAGUGGAGAGUCAGGACUCUGAGCAGUUCUUCAGGAAGGUUCUGGGAGUGUCAGAUGGGUCCUCUUUAGGGGGGAUGAAGCCCAUCUUGGAGGGCAAUAAGGGAGAACUAAAUCGCGGUGCUGUACCACAGAGAGCUCUCCCCUCAGGACCCCUGCCCUCUGCUGGAAUGAUGGAGGCUUUUCCUGGCCUCUCUCAGUCUCCCUUCUUUGAGAUGCGAGAGAGAGGACUGUUCAGCCCAGACGGGGGUGAGGAGAGCCCCUGGGCCACACCGUCGACCCCUGUGACGCCCUCCUCCCCGCCCACUCCCACAGAGGCAGAAGGCGACGGGCUGUCCUACAACCAGCGCAGUCUGCAGCGCUGGGAAAAAGACGAGGAGCUGGGAGAGCUCUCCACCAUUUCCCCCGUUCUUUACGCCAACACCAACUUCCCUUCGCUUAAACAGGACUACCCAGACUGGGCAAGUCGCUGUAAGCAGAUAAUGAAGAUCUGGAGGAAGGUGUCUGCUGCCGACAAGGUUCCAUACUUGCAAAAGGCCAAAGACAACCGAGCAGCUCAGAGGAUCAACAAGGCACAGAAGCAGGCAGAGAGUCAGGUGUGUCGGCCCAUCAAGACCGAGGCGGUGCAUCCUAAAAGCGAGCGGCCCGCUCUGCACCUCCAGAUCCCUCCCCCCUCAGGGUCCACGUCCGUUUCUUCCCAUCCCAGCUCUGCAGACAGCCCGUUCUCCUUCCCUCCCGAUUCGGGCUCGUCUUCUGUAUUCUUCUCCGACGGCGCCAUUAAGACCCCGCUGUCGGCCGAAUGCCGGACUGAUCCCCUGGCCAAACUUCCUCCUCAGUCGCCCCUUUCUCACUCGCACCCAGGCACGCCGUUUUCCCACACCGGGGCCAGCCCUUUACAGGCCUCUUCCUCAGGUUACCCCGCUUCCGGCCCGCCGGGUCCUCCUCAGGGACGGUCAGACGGCCUCGGCGUUUUUGACAUGCAACCAGGAACUCCUGGAACCCCUAGAAGGGCACAGCACGUUGACCCUUACUUCAGAUCGCAACUACUGCAGCAGCAGCAGCAACAGGGUCAUCCCCUGCAUUCACAGCAGGGCUCUCAGGAGGCCUUAGGGCCUUCUGGAAGUCCUCACUCAAGAGGCCCCGGGCUUGUGGAGUCCCCGGUUUUCUCCCCGCUCCACAAUGCUCAACACGGAGACCCUUUCAGAGCCCAGCCGGGGAUGGGGAGGCCGGACUUCGGUUCGUCGGCGUCGUCGUCGCCCUCCGCCGUGGCUUCCUCGCCCGUGAGCGCAGGGCAGCACAGAGCUGAGAUCAGCGCACCGUCUCCUCGCUCUGCCGCCGCAGGAAGACUGGAGCUCUCCACCGGGUCUCCGUCUGGGAUGCUGGAGGCGGGGGGUGGCUUAUUCAAGGCGCCCAUGACGCCUCGCAUGCACCAGGGAGACGGUGGACCGCCUCAUCCAGGAGCCUCCCCGAACCAUCCCUCCGAGGGCUACCGCCAGUCCCCCUCCCACGGUUUCUCCGACCCUCACUCUCACCCACAGAUGGCUCCCAGGCCGCCGUCUGGUGACAACUGUGGCCUGGGGCCGCAGAGACACGCCGCCGCACAGCAGGAGCACAGAGUGCCCUCCAGUCCGCAGUCCCAGGGCAGCGCUCAGUCCCCCCACACUCCCGGCGGCCUGUCCUCCGAUCCCUACUCUGUCCAUUCUCCAGCGACUCCUCGCUUCCAGUCCCCAGACCCUUGCUCCAGGCCACCUUCACGGCCACAGUCCAGAGACCCCUUUGCUGCUAUCCACAAACCUCCUCGCACGCCGUCUCAUGCCUCAGAAGGAACCGGGAGUUACAAAACGUCGCCUCACCCCAACCAGCCGCCUCCAGGCCACCCUAACAGCGGUUCCACAGUCGACCCGCUCUCCGGUAAACCGGGCUUCAGCCGCAGCCCGAGCGCCGGGCCUUACCUAGGCUCCCAGCAGCAGGGUCAGCCUCAGCAGCCUCAGCUGACCCAAGGAGCGGACGGCGUGGGCUCCAGGGCGCCGCCUGCGUCCGACUCGCUGGAGCUUUCUGCCGUCCACCCCGCCGAGCUGCCUCAUCAGCCGGCGGCGCAGGGCGCGGCAGAAAUGCCGGACAUCUCAGCGGGGCAGGAGCCGUCGCUGGUUGGGCUGAGCCCGUCCGAACUGGAGAAAUUCAAACAGCGACAAAAACUGAGGGACUUUAUAAUCAGACAGCAAAGGCAGAAAAUAUCAAUCAAGCAGGAGAAGGAGGCCGCCGCCGCCGCCGCCGCUGGGAACGCCUCCCCCGGCUGGUCUGGAGGCGAGAUGGGAGCUUUCCAACAAGACAAGACCCUCAGAGCACCGCCGCCGUAUCCACAGGACCGCGUCACCGCUGCUUCCGCCGAGGCUCAAGUUCCUGUGGCUGGGAAGAUGGCCGUGGUUGGAGGAGGCAUGGAUGAUAAGCUGGUUCGCCCACCGCCUGCAGGACCGGCUGCCAUGAUGGAUGCGAGUGGACUAAGGCUUCCCGGACCCAUCAGACCUCACGGUAUGUUUGGCCGUCCGCCGUUCCCUCCUCAGUGGCAAGCCCAGGGUCCGGGUCAGCGAAGGUUACCCCAGCCUGGCCUAGAAGCCAUGGGCAUCAGACAGAACCUCAGCGCUGGCGUUAACAUGCAAGGCAUGGAAAACCCGCACGCCAUGAUGCCGGGUCACGGAGGAGACAACAUGCAGGCGGCGCUGGGUCAGGGGCCCCCUCCACAGUUCAUCGAGCUGAGACACAACUCACAAAGGCUGCCGCUCCGGCCGCAGUUCAUGCCUAGAGGCCCCCAGCCAAGACCCCGUCUCUUUGUCCAGCAACAAGAUCUGGCCACGCCCUACUUCCAGCAGCAUCCCAUAGCUCAGGCUGGAGGGAUGCAGGCAGACGCAGGUGGCGCUCCCCAGCUGGGGCUACCGCAGGGCGCCAUGUCUGCUGCAGGUUUACUGCCUGCGCAGUCGGCAGGGCCCGUUUCCCAGCAGCCCCGGCUGCAGCCUCAGGCGUCCGGCUCCGGCAUGCACGGUACCGAGCAGCAGCGAGUCGCACAUCAGGGGUUGGUGACGGAGCCCCAGUCCGCCAGCGUGGGGACCUGCGAGGACCUGCCGGAGCCCGGCCUCGAGGGCCUGGGCGACGCCGCGGGGGACGGCGGCGUGGAGGACGAGAACGACCUGACCCUCGACCUGGAUCCUGACAAAGGAGAUGACGACCUGGGCAACCUGGACAACCUGGAGACCAACGACCCGCAUCUGGACGACCUGCUGAACGACGACGAGUUCGACCUGCUGGCGUACACGGACCCCGAGUUGGACCAGGGCGACCCCAAAGACGUCUUCUCUGACCAGCUGCGGCUGGUGGAGGCGGAGAGCGAAACGCCCUCGUCCGUCGCCGGCUCGGCCCGCUGCAAGGUCGAAGACGGCGGCGCUAAGGACGAGAGGAGGUCCUCGGCGGCGGUUUCUCAGAAGGACUCGGCGACUUCGCUUCCACCCGCCGCAGAAGGCGCCGAUGUCAAAGUCAAAGUGGAGGACAAAUGUCUGACCCCUCAGCUGCAGUCGGGACAAUCUGUGGUCAAGGAUGAAAUGAGGGAGGCCGUGUCGAUGCUCCUCGGGGGGACCACGUCAGCAGCCAAGGCGGAGCAAAGGGAAAACCCGCCAGCCUCCCUCGGCUCCGCGCGAAUGGGUCGACUCCAGUUCCCUCUGUCCGGACAGGCCGAUCCGUUUUCCCCCGGCGCCCCGCACGGAGACAUCGGCGACGAUCCCCUGGGGCUGCCCGACGUUGGGGGGCAGCACUCUCCCUCGGUGGAUCUGGCAAAAGUGGAGAGCUCUUUGGAGGGCGAGUUGCCUCUUCUCAUCCAGGAUCUGCUGGAGCAUGAAAAGAAAGAGCUGCAGAAGCAGCAGCAGCUGAGCUCCCUUCAGCAGGGAGGCAUCCCUUCGCACUUCCCCGGCCUCUCGGGCCAACACCCGAACCCACAGGGACCCGAGCAGCUGAUCCUGCAGCAUCAGCCGCGUCCGCCGGCCCAGGCCAUGAUGGAGCAGCCGGGAAUGGUGCCGCGUCCUCCACACAUGAUGCAGCAGCAGCAGCAGAGGAUUAUGGGACCAGGAAUGGUGCCUCAGCCUCACAUGGCGAUGGCUCAGCAGCAAGCCAUGAUGAGGGCGGGACAGCCGGGCGUCCACGCGGCCCUCGGUCAUCCGCCGCAGCCAGUCGUCAAACAACCGCCGCUGGCCAACAACUUCUUCCCAGAUAAAGAUUUGGAGAAAUUUGCCGCUGAUGACAUCAUCGAUCCUAUCGCCAAAGCGAAGAUGGUGGCUCUUAAGGGCAUUAAGAGGGUGCUGGCGCAGGAUCCGACGAUGGUCGUUCCUCCGGGGAUCAACAGGCAACAAGUGUCUCUGCUUGCCCAGCGGCUGGCCUCUGCUCCGGGAACGGAUCCUGCUCAGGUCGCACCCGGACCACCGAAGGAGGGAGAAGCAAGCGAUCCCGUCCAGCCGAGGCCCAAUCCGCCGCAGUUUGUGCAAGGAAUCAUCAAUGACGCAGAGCAGCACCAGUACGAAGAGUGGCUGCUCCACACCCAGCAGCUCCUCCAGAUGCAGCUGAAGAUCUUGGAAGAGCAAAUCGGGGUGCAUCGGAAAUCCCGCAAAGCGCUCUGCGCCAAGCAGCGCACGGCGAAGAAAGCCGGCAGGGAGUUCGCGGAGGCCGACGCCGAGAAGCUGAAGCUGGUCACCGAAGAGCAAGGCAAAAUCCAGAAACAGCUCGACCAGGUACGCAAGCAGCAGAAGGAGCACACCAACCUUAUUGCAGAGUACAGAAGCAAGCAGCAGCAGCAUCAGCAAGGCUCGGGCCUUCUCAACGCCGGCCAUCCUGCUCAAGGCGGCCCCUCGCACAUGUUUCCAAAGAUCCCCGGGCAGAUGAUGAUGGGCCAGCAGGGGGCACCGGUCAUGGGGCAGCACCCCGGCAUGAUGCCUCCUGGGGGAAUGCCGCUGCGGAUGCCCCAGGGGCAGCAGGCCUUUAUAGGAGCUCCACAGCAGCAGCUCCCAGCGGCUCUCGGGGCUCCCGGCCCGAGGGCCCCAGGUCCCUCUGGGGCUCCGGCUGGAUUCUUCCCCCAGGGUCCUGCAGUCCAAGGUGCAGACCCCAGGCUUCUUCAAGAAAGACAGCUUCAGCACAGAAUGCAGAUAGCCAAGCUCCAGCAGCAGCAACAAGCAAUGAUGUGUCAGCAGUCGAUGCCUCACCAGAAUCAGCAGCCCGGUUUGAUCCCUCAGCCACAGCCGGGCAUGAUGGGAAAUCAGCUGAUGGCCCAGCAUCAGGCCGGCACUAAGCAGGGAAUAAUAGCCGCUCAGGCAACUCAACAGAGCCUGGUGCAAGUCCCGCAGGGAAUGGUCGGAGGCCCGUCUGCAGCUGCACCACAGCAGAACCUGGUGGCGGGUCAGCCCAUCAACCAGCCUCAGGCCAUGAUGGCGGCUCAGCCGGGGCUGAUGGGAAACCCGCAGGCCCAGCAACCGAGGCCCCAGCUGAUGAUGGGUCAGCAGACCUUGGGUCACCCUGGACUCAGGGGAGCCCCGGCUCAGCUGACUGCUCAACAGCAGAACCUCCUCGCCCAGCGCAUACUGGCAACCCAGCAGCAAAUGCCACAGCAGAGACAAGCGGCGCCGAUGAUCAGCCAGUCCAACCAGGACCAGGGGGGGAUCUCUCAGCCCUCCACCCCACAGAUGGGCUCCUCGCCGUCAGCGGGAAGCAACACCCCCCAGCCGCAGGGGUCCGCCGACGGCCAGAACCCGGGAGUCAAAGACGGCGGCAUCCUAAGCCCCGAUUCAAGAACCCCGCCUCAGCAGAGCGGGCCGUCUACUCCCAAUCAGCAACAAGGCUCGCUAAACAACCAGUUGGACCAGGGGCGACAGCAGCAGCAGCAGAUGUAUUUAACUCAGCAUCACCAUUCAAAUUCUCAGACGGUCCACGAACAACAAGCAGGUGGGGCUGUGAACCAGCAAAGCGGUGUUGCUCAGCAGCAUCAGCUUCCAGUGGGUCUCCAGAGGCAAGGAUCCCUCAAUGCUGACAAACCCAGCUUGAUGACUAUAAAGGAGGAGGUCAAAUCUGUGGAUUUCCUCACACAGCAGCAACAACAACAAGCCCUUCAAAAUGCCCCACAGAAGUCACAAGAACCCGGCAUGCAGCAGCAGAUGAUGGGUCAAAGCAAUCCCGGCCAGGCGCAGCCCGCCGCGAUGGGCCUGAGCGCGCAGCAGCAGGCCCUCAUGGCCCAGCAGCAGAAGCAACAGGCCAUGAUGGGCAUGAUGAGAGCCCAGCAGCAGGGCAUGAUCGCACAGAGGCCCGGCGCGCCCCUCGCACAGAUCCGCGCCCCCAUCAACAUCCAGGCCAUCAUCGCCCAGAAUCCCCAGCUCCGCAACCUUCCCCCAAAUCAGCAGAUCCAGCACAUCCAGGCCAUGCUCGCGCAGCGGCAGCUGCACCAGGGCCAGAUGCUGAGGAUGUCAGGAGGCCAGGGCCAGCCAGGUGCGCCGAGAGCACCGGCGCCACAGGUCGGCCAGCAAAUGAUGGGGAUGGAAGGCCACCAGGCGCCUUACGGAGGCAAACCGGCAGCCCUGGCCAAUCAGCAACAGCCUGGCAUGUUUGGCCAGCAAGCCGGUGUUGCUUCUCAGGUACAGCAAGGGAUGAUGGUCCCAGGCCAGCAGCAGCCACAGACGGGGGAGAUGAUGCAGCAGCAGCAGCACAUGAUGAGGGGACAUCUACAGAUGCCUCACUCCCCAAUGGAGCAGAACCGAAUGCUGAGGCCGAAUUCGCCGCGCCAGCCGCUCGUCAACUCUCCCGGCGAUCCGCAGCGGCACGUGUUCAAUCAGCCCAUGCGGCCGCCCACUCCCAACCAGAGCCAGCAGCAGGCGUUGAUGGCGGCGGCAGCGGGGAGAGUCCCAGGCUCGCCGUCGCACGCGUAUUCUCCCAGAGGUCCUUUUGGAAUGAGCCCGGCCCACCCGGCCUCGCCCUACUCCUCCCACGCCUCCUCGCCUUCUGUGGCUGACAACAGAGCUGGCAGAGGCAGUCCGUUCAGCCAAGUCAAGGCAUCUCCGCUCAGGUCGCCCGGCGCCAGGAGCCCGCUCGAUUGCCCCGGCCUCAAAGUAGAAACUCAGACCUCGAGCGGCGAGCUAUCACAGGCGACGCCGGUCACCCCUAACGGGCCACAGAAAGGCACGAGCGUUCAGCAAGAGCUGAAGCAGGCGGCAGAGUCGUACUCGCAGCAGGGGGAGCCGUGCAGGAUCCCCAUCCAGAACAUCAAACAGGAACCGAGGGAGUUUCAGUGCGACGGUUCCUCCGAGGCGAACCCAGGCGCCGUGAAGAGAGAAGCGUCGGGCGAAACGGUGACUUCUGGGAGCAACGCAAGCUUCCUCAACGUGCCCAGAGACCCUGACGGCCAAGGCCCGAGAUCUGAGACGGGACAACAGCUGCUGCAGAAGCUGCUGAAAACCAAGAAUCUGCAGCUCAACGCCCAGAGGCCGUCCGAAGGCAUCCACAGCGAGAUCAACGGCCACAUCAACAGUAAGCUGGCCCUGCUGGAGCAAAAGCUUCAAGGGACGCCGCGGAAUAUGGAGGAUUUGCAGUCUAUAACCAAAAGGGCUCCCGUACAGAAGCCGAAGCGCAUCAAUAAGCCGCCCGGAGACAGAGCGGCUAACUCGCGGAAGAAGAACAAGAAGGAGGAUGUUGGCAAAAGUGCUGAAACCCUAAUUAAACAACUCAAACAGGGUCUGUCUCUGCUCCCGUUGAUGGAGCCCUCGAUCAACGCCAGCUUGGACCUCUUUGCUCCUUUUGGAAGCAGUCCAGCCAGCGGGAAGGAGCAGCUGAAAGGGUCGUUCGGAAACGCCGUGCUGGACAACAUCCCGGACUAUUAUUCCCAGCUACUCACCAAGAGUAACCUCAGCAACCCGCCGACGCCGCCCUCCUCCCUCCCUCCUACUCCACCUCCGUCUGUACAGCACAAGCUGCUGAACGGGGUGACCCCUGGUGAGGAGCUCACUGAGAACCGGAAGAACACAGAAACGGCACAAGAGCCAAUGGAUUCCGUAACGGAGGAGGUGAAGAGCGUAGACAUCCUGGCAGCCCUGCCCACGCCGCCGCACAACCAGAACGAGGACAUCAGGAUGGAAAGCGACGACGACGACACUCCAGAAACCAUCAUCCCCGCGUCGUCCCCCGAGAGUAACCUAGGAGACGUAAAUCCACGUUUUCCUCACCUGCUGGAGCCCAAAGAGGAGGAGACGGAGAGAGCGAUAUCCCCCAUCAUCCCGCUGAUACCCCGCACCGCCAUCCCGGCAUUCUCAGAAAACAAACCGUUCGAAGCCCCGGAUGGCAAGACGGUUUCCGUGUCCAACCACUGGGACAAGUCCAAAAGUAACGAGGUGUCUGUUACCUUGACAAUGUCGUCUGCUGCUGCCAAGAAACUGAACCAUGUAAUGAUGGCGAUGGCUCAGCUGCUCAGCAUUAAAAUGCCAGGCACUUACGAGGUCACAUACCCUCCCCAAAACCCUGAGCUGCCCGGAGUGGAUGGGCCAGAGAAAGGACCUGGUCACUCAGGGGCAUUGAGCACGAAGGACAGCGCCUCCCUCAGCCAGGACGACUGGCUCAGACAGUUUGACGUCUCUCUCCCCGGCUGUACGCUGAAGAAACAAGUGGACAUCUUGGCCCUCAUUAAGCAGGAAUUCCAAGAGACCGACGACAAACCGGCACAGCACUGUUAUACAACCAACGUCAGCGAUUUAGACGUACGCCAUCUUCCCGUCAUACCGGUGGAGGAAUCUCCACCCCCGUCGCCUCCUUCUCCUCAGCCUCCUCCAGCUCUACCAGUCGCCGCCGCCGAUGAGGCCGAAUCGCCCAAAAAGGCAACAUCUCCGACUCCUCCUUCCUCCAGCCCCGUCGUCGUGCAGACCAAAACCGAGCCUGAACAGGAUGUGGGUUCAGCUGUCGAUGCGCCUCAGCCGGCUAACGUCUCAGAAUCUGAAGCUCCUGCUCCGCCGUUAAACUCUGAACCGACCCCAGAGCCGUCUGAAGCCCCGGCGUUGAACGAAGUUCUUACAAGUGCCGUCGUGAAGGAGGAGGAGGACUGCGUGAGCGAGCCAGCGCACCCUCCCGCGGAUUCCCCCAGCGCCAUGGAGUCUUCCCCCAAAGCCCUGAAGCAGCGCCGGCCCUUCUCGCCCGACGAGGAGGCGGCGCUGCCCAAAGUGAAGAAAUGGAAGGGCAUCCGCUGGAAGCGCCUCCAGAUCGUCAUCACGAUACGAAAGGGCGGCUCCAAGAAAGAGACGAGCCGGGAAGUGUCGGAGCUGAUGGAGCGGCUGCGCAUCACCCUGCGACCCGAGAAGCUGCCCCGAGAUAAACGUAAAUGCUGCUUCUGCCACGAGGAAGGCGACGGCGCCACGGACGGCCCGGCGCGGCUGCUCAACAUCGACGUGGACCUGUGGGUGCACCUGAACUGCGCUCUGUGGUCCACCGAGGUGUACGAGACGCAGGGGGGCGCUCUGAUCAACGUGGAGGUAGCGCUGCGCCGCGGCCUGCGGACGCUCUGCGCCUACUGCCAGAAAACCGGCGCCACCAACAGCUGCAACCGGCUGCGCUGCCCCAACGUCUACCACUUCGCCUGCGCCAUCAGGGCGCGCUGCAUGUUCUUCAAGGACAAGACCAUGCUGUGCACCCAGCACAAGCUGAAGGGCCCCAGCGACGACGAGCUCAGCACCUUCGCCGUCCUGCGCCGCGUUUACAUCGAGCGCGACGAGGUGAAGCAGAUCGCCAGCAUCCUGCAGCGGAGCGACCGCAUCCACCUGUUCCGCGUCGGCGGCCUCAUCUUCCACGCCAUCGGCCAGCUGCUGCCCUCCCAGAUGGCCAACUUCCACUCGCCCACCGCCAUCUUCCCCGUGGGCUACGAGGCCACGCGCAUCUACUGGAGCACGCGCGUGCCCAACAAGCGGUGCCGCUACCGCUGCCGCAUCGGCGAGGACGACGGCCGCCCGCUGUUCGAGGUGCGCGUCCUGGAGCACGGCCUGGAGGACCUGCACUACCGCGAAGCUACCGCCGAGGGAAUCUGGGAGCGCAUCGUCCAGCAGGUCGCCAAACUCCGAGACGAUUCGUCCAUGCUGAAGCUCUUCACCGAACACGUGAAGGGAGAGGAGAUGUACGGCCUCACGGUCCACGCCGUCAUGCGCAUCACCGAGUCGCUGCCCGGAGUCGAGAGCUGCCAGAACUACCAGUUCCGGUACGGCCGACACCCGCUGAUGGAGCUCCCACUCAUGAUAAACCCCACAGGCUGUGCUCGCUCUGAGCCCAAGGUUGCCACACAGUGCAAAAGGCCUCACACUCUGAACAGCACCAGCGUGUCCAAGGCCUACCAGAGCACCUUCACGGGGGAGCUCAACACGCCGUACAGCAAGCAGUUCGUCCACUCCAAGUCCUCCCAGUACCGGCGCCUGAAGACGGAGUGGAAGAACAACGUCUACCUGGCGCGCUCUCGCAUCCAGGGCCUGGGGCUGUACGCCGCCAAGGACCUGGAGAAGCACACCAUGGUCAUCGAGUACAUCGGCACGGUCAUACGCAACGAGGUGGCCAACCGCCGCGAGAAGAUCUACGAGGCGCAGAACCGGGGCAUCUACAUGUUCCGCAUCAACAACGAGCAGGUGAUCGAUGCCACGCUCACAGGCGGUCCGGCCCGCUACGUGAACCAUUCCUGUGCCCCGAACUGCGUUGCCGAGGUUGUGACGUUCGACAAAGAAGACAAGAUCAUCAUCAUCUCCAGCCGCAGGAUCCCCAAAGGAGAAGAGCUGACGUACGACUACCAGUUCGAUUUCGAAGACGAUCAGCACAAGAUCCCCUGCCACUGUGGAGCCUGGAAUUGCCGCAAGUGGAUGAACUAGCCGGGGAGAAAGCGAACCGGGGGGCGACGGGCCCCAUCGCUGUCGUCGCCACCCGACGACGCUCCUGCGCCAAAGCCUUUGAAUCCUACAUCGCCAGUGCAUAAGCUGUUCCCGAGAGACGCGGAGGGAGGCGGUCCUCCGCUGUCAAAAGACUAAAGUGUUGACAUCUUGUAGCCAAAGGUCUGAAGAGCAUUAAUCAUGAAUAAACAACCAAUCACUUUACAGGAAAAAGGACAGUUUGACGGCGGGGGGGAGGGUCUAACUCUGAUGUUUGGACUAGUGACCCAUCACCCCCCCCCCCCCCCACACACACACACCCGCCUCCUUUCACCGACCCUCCUCACCUCCACCCUUCGACACUGUCUACCCUCAAUAAGCUCGCAGUGGCCGGAAACAAUCCUCAGCAGCGCCGGAUGAGUCGGACCCUCUGUAACCCAACACCCCCCCCAACCCCAACCCCAACCCCAACCCCCCCGCGGAGCCGAGCACACGCAGAGCUCGGCCAACAAGCCAUCUCCAAAUACUAAAAGCGAACUUACGGACGCGUUCUUUUCACCUUCCUAGUCGGACCUAUCUCCCGUCCUACGCGUCCCGCCCCCCCCC